AUGCUGAAAGAUUGUUGGAACAAAAACUUGCCUCCAAGCGAGUUUGCAGCCCUUCUCUUUAAGCCAAAUACAAACACUCAACAGAUAUUAACUGAAUUAGUUUCUUAUUGUUCAACUCCCGAAGAUCCUCCAGCAUUAUUUCUCGAUUAUUUAAACGAGGCUGUCAUGAGAACGCCCCAUAUGGCAGUAGGAGUGAUAACUAAGGAUACUGAAAUAGAAAAGCUUAUUACUCAAAGGAUAAUUAGUCGGAAUCCUGGUUCGUUUUUCGCAAAUUUUCCAUUUGAUGAUGAAUGGCCAAUCAAGUUUGCGUUAAAUCUCCUAAGAUCUCUUAUUGAUGACAAAGCAAUAUAUACAAUUCAACAAUUAUCGCUUGAUUCACAUUUUAGUGCGUUAAUUGCAAAAUCUAAUAUGUUAUUUCCAAAAGAAAUGGAUGAAAUACGUGAAUUAUUCCCUAUAGAACAGUUUUACGAGUUUAUUGGUUACUCAAUUCCAUAUCCAUCAAAUUUACUUAAAAAAGCGAUUUAUAUGGAGAACUCCUCGUCAUCACUAAUCGGUGGAUAUCAUGAUGUUCUCAAAAUUGUUAUUCCAAACAUUUCAGCAAUUUUAGGAAUUCCACAUUUCUUCCAUUUAAUCAAUCUCGAGCAAUUCGCGCAUAUUUACAUACACUUUGUAUACGACUUUAUUAAUAACCCUACGAUUGUCAACGCUUUUUACAUUACAGACUAUUUUCCGCGCAUGAGGAAAUAUUUUGAAACUGGAGAAACCCCAGACAAAAGAGAUGGAGAGCUCCAUGCAGGCGAAAUCUUCAAGACAUUAGAUUUAUGCAAGGAAUACAUCUCUAAAGCCGAAUUUUUAGCAAAUCAUUCAAAAAGAUCAGAUUGCGACAUAUUAUUCAAUAAAGAAGACAUUGAAUCCCUCAAAAACCUACUCACAACGAUCCCAGAUACGAUUGAUCCCGAUAAAAUCAUUGAUUUAACGCUAAUGUACCCAGCAUUAUCAAUAUCUCUGUAUACAACCAUUACUAAAUCGAUCAGCAUUGAUACAGCUCAAGUCUUUGCCAUGUAUGCCCAACAGUUACUUAAUAUCCAUAACGAUUUCGCCACAUUUUUGUUCCAACAAGAUUUAUUUUUUGAUUUUUUGAACUUGGUCAUACCAGUUGUCACUGCUGUCACGGAUAGAUUUGCAUUCUGUCCCAUAUGGAUGCUGUUUCUCACUCUAAUAAGGGAUUCCUACGGUUUAGGAUGGCAAAAAUUAAAUAAUGAAAUCGUCGAAUUCAUAAAUAGCCUUGAAAACCAAGCCCUCAAGUACUUCCUUACAUUGUUAAUACAUCUCAACCCUCAGGAGUACGAAUGCCCCAAGACAGCGAAGACUCCGUUUUUAGAAUGCGUAAUUACGAUGCAGAAACUCAUUUACGACGAAGUUUCGAUAGAAAGCAUUGAUAUGAAACUUGAUUCCAGACCAUAUCUUGCUCCUUCCCUACUUAUUUUCUGCUUAUCAAAUCCAUCAGAAGAAAUUAAGAAAUAUUUUUCAGUCAAACCGUCUGAUUUAUAUCUUAAUAACUUGUUCAUAUACCAUCUGAUGAUUUACUGCAAUAAGCAACAACAGCCUUGGGUUGCAGGCUCCGAAUUACCUGAUUUCAUUUUUAUGAAACACGAAAGUCCACAAAAACUCGAUAGUAUCAACCAGAUUCUUUCCAAGAUGUUUGAUAGCAUAAUAUUCACCAUUCCUCUGACAUCUACCAUCAUUUGGCACAUUGUUUGCGCUUGGAGAGCUUGGGGAAACAUUUUUAGAAUUACAACUUUCGUUAAACAUUUAUUCGGCCAAUUAUUAUGGAAAGCGAAAUUGUUGGCAAACCAACAAUGCGCGGAAAACCUUUUCUAUAAUGUGGCCAUUAUAAUGUGCAUGGCUUUCGCUGAAGAAGAGAAUUUCGUGAAUGACAUCAAUUCUAUCGUUGAUUAUUUCCUUGUUGAAGGUGAAAAUGAUAAAAUUGAUGGUCAAAACAUCGCCGCUUUCGUGUUGAUACUUAUAGCUGCAAUGAUGAAUGAUGAUACUGCAAAGGCAUUCGAUAAACUAAUGGUUACAUGCGUGGAAAUCAUUGAUAAAGGUCAAAACGUUUGGAAAGUGAAAUUUGCUUUGACACUUUUAUCAUUUGCAAUCAACAAUGUAAAACUUGUUGGCAAACUGGGCUUAAAUGUCGAACUAUGCCUUCAGAAGGCCAAUGAAAUGGAGUUGUUGAGUAAUUAUUACAUAAUGAAAGUAAUUACACAAGAAAAAUCAAAAUAA